GCCCUCCUCCUCCUCCUCCGGCGUGGGUUGGCCAAGUGUCGCUCCGCGCCCGCGUCUCCGAAGCCGCACCACAGAUGGCCCGCAAGCGCACCAUUUUCAGCGCCGCCCUCUGCGGGUGCGCUCUCGCUGCGCCGAGCAAGGUGCCAUCGCUGCUGGCCGACCGUCGGCUUACCGCCGCCCUCGCGCUGCGUGGUGGCUCCGCUGCUCCGUCGCCGGCGCCGCCUUGCCUCGCCGCUCUGUGGGACUUUGACGGGACGCUGUGCCAGUCGGAGGACGUGCACCGCAAGUCGUUUUCGGCCGUGCUCGGCGUGGAGCUGAGCGAGCAGCACUGGACCGACGCGUGCAUCGGCCGCGCGCCGCGAGACAUCAUGGAGGCGCACCUGCCCGCGGGGCGGCUGAAGCCCGGCGAGACGAUCGACGACCUCCUGCGCCGGCGCGCCGAGCUCUUCGAGGAGCACAUCGCGGCCGGCCGCCUCGAGGCGACGCCCGGCGCCGUGGCGCUCGUGCGCGAGCUGAGAGCGGCGGGGCUGCGGUGCGCCGUCGUCUCGAGCGGCUCGCGCGGGUACAUUGAGAAGGCUCUCGCCGCGCUCGGGCUGGUGGACGCGUUCGACUUCAUCAUCGCGGGCGACGAUCCCGACUGCGCGCAGCACAAGCCGCAGCCAUGGCCGUACCUCGAGGCGGCGCGCAGGCUCGGCCUGCAGCCGGCGCAGUGCGUCGCGUUUGAGGACUCGCUCUCGGGAAUCCGCUCCGCGCAGGGGGCGGGGCUGCGCGUGGUCGGCGUGCGCUGCGCGGCAAACGGCGGCUGCGAGGUGGCGCCCGCCGAGGCGGCCACUCUCGCGGCGUCGCCGCUCGCCGCCGGCGCGCCGUUGCUCCCGCUGCUCGCGCUGGUGGACGACUUUGCGAGGCUCGACCGAGUCCUGCUCGGCCUGCCCGCCGCCGCUCCCGCCGCCGCGGCGGCGUAGCGCGCCGCCGAACCGUCGCCCACUACAGUAGCGUGCAAUGGUCUUUCAGGACGAGAUAGCUCAAUCCUCAUAAUGGAGAAAAAAUAGAAACGUCUCGCCGCGAGCGAUCGCGCGGGAUCCGGGAUCGAUCAAAAUGUGCGAGAGAUUACAGUAUCAGUAACGUCGUACAGCGCCUCUC